AUGGCGCGUGCAGGUCCGAGCGCGAGCGUGGUGGCACCACCGCUUUCAAGUGACACGCACAGCAAGACCAUGACGUAUAUGAGCAAUGCGUCCGUGUGUCUCUCGACCUCGGAGGUGCGCCACGCGCUCACCCUGAGCAUGGACGCGUCCGCCGUCGCCGUCACAUCGUCCCGCGCCCCACGCCCGCUGCAGCCGAUGCGGUCGCGCGGCAACAUCUUUGUGGCCUCCAGAGGCCUCUUGCGGGCCAAGAAGCAGCUGCUCCGGCACCACCAGUCGAUCGUCCAGCGCAAGCGGGACAUGGCCAACUACGUUGACCGCCACGAACGCGUCCUCGAUCAGUACAUGAUCCGUGCUCGGGCGCCGUUGACGCUUCAUGGGACGGACGGUGUCGACGCCGAUGCCUUCCUCUUCGUCCCUUCUGAUCCUCGUCUCAAGCUGUGGCAACUCGUUGUAGCACUCACUAUGUACUACCAAGUGGUGUGGAUCCCCUACACCCUCGCGUUUGAGGCGUCGCUUCCGCCGCCGCGCGAUACCGGCUACCUCGUGGCGACGGCGGUGUUUUCGCUCGACAUGCUCGUGUCGCUCAACACAGCGUACCGCGAUCCGUUGAAACAGCUAUUGGUGACGAGCCGCCCCGCGAUUCUCGCGCGCUAUGUCUCGAAAAGUUUACUCUGGGACUUGGUCGUCGCGCUCCCAAUCGAUUUGCUCUUCUACUAUGGCGUCUACGCCGGGUCGCAACUGCACGGCAACUUGCACUACUUUAGCGUCCUCCGCCUCGUGCGACUGCCGCGCCUCGUGCGCAUCACGAGCUUUCAGCACCUGCUCGAAUUUUUCGGGAUUCCCGUCGAGCAGCAGCGCUGGCUCCUGCAUUCGCGCUACGCGCACCUCGUGCGGCUUCUGGCGCUCAUCCUCGGCCUCGCUGUCAUCAUUCACGUGCUCGCCUGUGUCUGGUACGGUGUUAUCGCCGACCCGAAUUGGGUCCACGACAUGUACUUGGCCAACGCGAGUGCGGUCGACGUCUACGUUCUGAGUUACUACUACACCAUCACGGCGGUCUAUGGGCAAAGCACGACGAUGCAAACAAAUAGUGAGUACGCGUUCUCGACGAUUGUGAUUGUGCUCGGGUCGCUCCUCAUCGCGCUCGUGUACGGCAACGUUGCCGUCCUCGUCGACCAUUUUUACGACGAACAAAAUAGCUACAAGCACAAGAUGGAAUCGCUCUUUGCUAGCAUGCAGCUCAUGCGCUUGCCGCGGGAGCUCCAGCGACGUAUCGUGUCGUACUAUCAAGUCAUGUACGACCGCCACGGCACGCUUGACGGCCAGCCCGAGCAGUUUACGAAGGAGCUCUCCAAGAACCUCUCGGUCGAAGUCGAAUUGUUCUUGCGGAUGAACAUGAUUACGCGGUCGCCACUGUUUCGCGACUGCUCGAGCGAAGUCGUCCAGGACCUUGUGAUGCGCCUGCAUUUUCGGGUCUUUUUGCCCCAAGAUUUCAUCAUUGCCCGCGGCGAAGUCGGGCACGACAUGUACUUUAUCGCGCACGGGCAAUGCGAAGUCUCGAACCGCGGCAUCUCGGACACGCCGGCGACGAAAAGCUCGAUGCUCGACGACAAACCGUUCAAGGUCAUGACGCAAGGCGACUACUUUGGCGAGAUUGCCCUCCUCUUCAACUGCAAACGCAUGGCCACCGUGGUCGCCAAAACGUACAUGGAGCUCUGCGCUCUCACGCGCGUCGUGUACGAAGCGGUCAUGGAGCGGUACCCGGAAGACCGCGCCGUGAUCGAAGGCGUCAUUCGAGAAAAGUACGGCGAGGCCGAGCUCAAAGAUGCCAUCAAGCAACACGCAAAAAGCAAGAAGAAGACAUACGACCACGACGCAGCCGUUGUCGAAGGUCUCAAUCGGCUCAACGAACGCCUCGUGCAAGUCGAAGACUGUAUGGCGGACCUCAGUGCACGCCUCUCGGUAUUGACAGCCGCCAAACUCAAUGCGCAUCCACUGUAA